AUGGGUUGUAUAUCAAUUGGAAAUGUUAUGUUACCGAUCACUCCUUUUCUUCAGGGUCAUAAAAUAACUUAUUGUACUCGAUGUUGGUGUAUUGAACACCUGAGAAAUAAAUGUCAAACAUCAUCUGCUCGUUAUCAUAUAUGCCUUGAAGAAAUCACUGAGAAGCCAACCUACAACUAUUUACAACAACGAAGGUGUGCCCAAUUUGAUGAAAAUCAUCACUUACUUAGUAGCCAAUGUCAGAAUAUUAAAACAUAUAAAGCACAUCUAAAAGAGAAUGUCAAUAUUGCACUUUCACGUGGUUUUCUGCGUCGACUAGAACCUCUGAAGCAAAUGCCAAAUAUCAAUCCAGAUAGCUUCUCACUCUUUUCACGUCAAAUUCAAUACGUCGUACCUAUUUGGGGAUCAAAGCAAAUCCCUGGUCAACAAUCAGCUGACAAAGUAAAUGUCCUUACAGCACUCACUAAACAGUUAACUGUUAUGAUGGAGAAUAAUCCACGAAUGGAAAAGAAACUCAAAGAAAUGAAUGUACGUUUUAAUUAUGAAACACAAGUUUUGGAAUUAUGA